GGACUACAAUGGCUGGUGAGGUCCACAUUGUCGUGGCAGUGUUAUGGUAGUAGGAACUCCCGUGUAACGUGUUGGACUUUACAUUUGGGUUCUACCAGAGUCUUAAUCUUGUGGAAUACCUGCCCUUGCCGAAGUGACUCCUUCUCAAUUCUGUAGCUCACCUUCAAUCUCUACACGAUGGCCUUGGACAAGGAGGAGGAGAUAGAACGGGGAACCUGGAGCAAGAAGCUGGACUUUAUCCUGUCCUGUGUGGGUUUCUCCGUGGGACUCGGCAACAUCUGGAGGUUUCCUUAUGUUGUCUACAGAAAUGGAGGAGCUACGUUCCUGAUCCCGUACCUCAUCAUGCUGGUGAUUGCUGGCCUGCCGUUGUACUUCAUGGAGUUGGCCGUUGGUCAGUUCUCAUCCGAGGGGCCGGUCACUGUGUGGAAGGUCAGCCCCAUAUUUACAGGUAUUGGGAUCGCCAUGGUUACCAUCAGCAGUAUGAUUUCUAUUUAUUAUAACAUCAUCAUUACCUACGCCAUGUACUACUUGUUUGUCUCCCUUGUCAACCUUGACCUUGAGGUGCCGUGGGCGACAUGUACGAACACGUGGAAUACGGACACGUGCAGGACAGAGGCGUUUCCCGACCUCACUGGGAUGAACGAGACCGCCAGGCUAGACAGCAUGUACGAGGAGCUAUACAACAGCACGUGUGUGUCCGUCGUCACUUCCAACAGUACAUUGCUGCCUCAAUUUGACAGCAUCAACUCCACCAUGCUGUCAGACCGAGCGUUCGACUCCUGCAAGUUUGUGUACACGUCCGCCAGCGAGGAGUACUGGACGCGCUCUGUGCUACGUCUACACGAAUCAAGCGGAAUCCAUGACCUUGGCGACGUCAGCGUGAAGCUUGUAGUGACCCUCAUCCUGGCAUGGAUCCUUAUCUUCUUCUGUCUCCUGAAGGGCAUCAAGUCGUCGGGGAAGGUCGUGUAUUUCACUGCCACCUUCCCAUUCGUCAUCCUACUAAUCCUCCUGAUCCGGGGCCUGACGUUGCCAGGAUACGAGAAGGGCAUACAGUUCUAUGUCGUGCCACAGCCUGAAAAACUGCGGGAAGCCAAGGUAUGGGGUGAAGCAGCCACACAGAUAUUCUACUCCUUGGGGGUUGGUUUCGGCGCCUUGCCCACCAUGGCGAGCUACAAUAAAUUCAACAACAACAUCUACAGAGACGCCAUUGUGGUGGCUGUCAUUAACUGUUCCACGAGUAUUUUCGCUGGUUUCGCCAUCUUUUCUUUGCUGGGUAACAUGGCGUAUACUACGAACCAGGAGAUCGCUGACGUCGUGGAUCAAGGACCAGGUCUUACUUUCAUCGCUUACCCAGAAGGACUUGCUCGACUCCCACAGUCCUCGUUUUGGGCGUUUUUGUUCUUUUUUAUGAUCCUUACUGUGGGACUGGACAGUCAGUUCGCCAUGAUGGAGGCAGUGAUAAGUGGCAUCUCCGACAUACAUCCCAAAUUCUUCCGGAAGAACAAGGCGGCCUUCACCUUCUUCUGUUGCGCAGUCGGCCUCCUGUUGGGUAUUCCACAAGUCACCGCGGGUGGUAUCUACGUGUUGACACUGAUGGACUGGUACUGUGGCAACUACAACCUGAUGAUAGUGGCUCUGGCGGAGAUCAUCUGCCUCAUGUAUGUGUACGGUAUGCGGAAGUUCAUGGCUGACAUCGAGAUGAUGAUUGGACACAAGCCAAACGUGUACUGGAUGGUCACGUGGUUUGUCCUGACUCCAGCAACUAUCCUGUUCAUCAUCAUCAUCUCGAGUGUCCAGAACUCGCCCGCUAAGUACGGAGACUACACGUUCCCCACGUGGGCGCAGGGCGUGGGGUGGAUGAUGGUCGGCCUCCCCGUGCUGCUCAUCAUCAUUGUAGCCUCCGUCCAGAUCCACAGAUACGGCUUCAGAAACUCCCUGAAACCUACAUCAGAUUGGGGUCCAGCAAAUCCUGAGUUUCGGACAGGGCGUUAUGCCAGGGAUGAAGACGGUUCUCUCACCAUGGGCGCGAAGCGGUCCACAUAUGCCAUCGCUAACUCCGGCUAUACCCCGGAUGUGGAAAGAAACGAUAAGGGAGAUAACCAAGUAAAUCACACGAACCAAUACAGCAUCACGCAGUGUUCGGACACUGUCACGUUCAGGAGUGUUCCCCCGCCGGACUACAGCCCCGAGAGACUUGCUAGGAUGCAAGUACAGAGGAUGUAGACAGGAACGGCAUAGAUCAGCACAAUGUACACUUUAUAACCUGUCAUCUUACUGUUUGUUGAACUUUCUUGUCUUGUCCUAUUUGGUCUAUACUUCAUUCACGCCCUCCUCUAACCACACAACACACACCAUAUCCAUCCAACGAACAUACAUCACCUAUCCACACCCACACCCACGAACACCCACAUGCUCACCAACACCGUUACCACUAACCCCACCUGUGUGCAUCUGCCCUCAACAUAUGUAUUGCUAUAAGUUCUAUUAAUUCAUAAAUUUUCAAAAGGUGGGGGCCCCUCGACACAAAAUAUCAAAACCCUCUCUCAGAUAAUUUUACUGCCUACACCAUACUACAUUUGGUUUUCAAAAGGUGGGGGACCCUGCACACACACACACACACUAACACUAACACUAACACUAACACUAACACACACUAACACU